AUGAUCCUAAAGAAGGGGGAUUGCCUUCUGAUAUCAAAAAAGAACAAAAAAACUAUAAUUUAUAAAUUUGAAACAUUUAAUUAUAUAUUACAAAGUGAAACAAAAAAAGUGAGGGAAGAAAGAUAAAUGUAUGCAUUUAUGAAUUAUUAAUUAUGAGAGGUAAAAACUAGAUGAUUGCCUUAGAAUAAAAUUAUGAAUUUAGCUAAAUUUCCUCAUAUUUUGGCUAUCACUUAUAGCUUUUGGCUGAGAUUUUUGGGUCUACAGCGGUGUGUUUAUAUGAUUAAAUUUUUUGGAAUAAAACCAAAGCGAUUAAAUUUUAAAUUUAAUAUAAAUAAUUUAAAGGAUUUCUUAUUAUAAUUAAUUUGAAUUAUUUUUUUAAGUAUUUAAGGAGAUAAGGAGAUGUAAAUAAGCAAACAGAGAAAAACAACUAGAAUUUUCAGAAAGCUUUUUAUAUAUUUCAUUUUUUUCCAUUUUAUCGAUUAGAUAUAAAAUAUUUUAAUUUUCUAUUUUUGUUUAACUAAGGGAACUCAGGAUUUAGAAUAAAGAAAUAGUCUCGUUUCAAAGAUAAGAAGGUACAAAUAUUAAAUAUAAUAAUUUAAAUUUUGUGAAAUUUUUGGAGUUGCAUUUUAUUGAUAAAUCUAAUAACCAGAAAUUGGUAAUAAUAAAUCAUUUAUUAUAGGUAUGA